AUGGAAGCUUUGAAGGAGGCCCUCGACAGCUCCUGGCAGGUCCUGAUCAACGUCAGCUUGGUCGUGGCAGGGGUGGGCAUCUUGUGCACCCUGGAUUUGGAGCUAGUGCUCGGCCUGCUGGUGGUAGCUUUCGGGGUGUGCGCCUUCAUCGUCUUCUUCUUCUUCGCCCUGUGUGGGUGGUCCUUCGGCCCGUGGGAGCUCACGAUCAUGACCGUGUUUCUUUCCUACUCGGUGGAGCCCGCCUUCCAAAUGGGCUACGACUUUGUGAUGCCAGGGAUGCCCCGAGGACUGCAGCCUGAGAACAACGUGCAGCCGGCGGAAGGCAUGAGAGCAAUCGCGGCCGGUGGGGACUUGGCCUUGGCCGGGAGCACGCACCCGGAACCUUCAGGAACGGGUGCGGAGGCUGGCCCGAGCACAGACGGCCUCUCAAAGGCGAGCGACCUCCACCCCAAGGAGGACGAGUUACCAGAGGCAGCCGUCAAACGGUCCGUCCACGCCGUCGCCAAGAACUUGAUUUCGAACUCUAUCAAGCUGAUGUUGUGUGGAAUCAUGCUGGCACCGUGCCAGCUGCGCAUCUUUUCCCGAUUGGGAGCCAUUUCAAUCCUUCUUCCAGUGCUUUGUCUUCCGUCUGUACUUGUCGUGUACCCGGCGCUGAUCAUCGCUUCCGGGCGUACGCGACGAGAGCCCGACCUCGUUCUCAUGGGCAAGGUGUUCUUGGACAAGGCAUCGUGGCUGUGGACGUGA